UUUAACGAUAGAGUGCUUGCCUAUCCAGAGAUCAAGAGUCUGCCUAGCUUGACCACACAAUUGCUUCCGUUCAAAUGCCGGUUCAUACCAAUUUGGCUGACAUCCACCCAGUCUUCAGCUCUCUCCCUGCUCCCCCACACUACUGACUCACCACUAUCAUUUUUUAAAUCAACUGUCAACACCAUGUCGGAAGACGACCGAGCUGCCAAGGCAGCAAGAGCCAAAGCCAUGCUCAAGAAACGACAGCAAAAGAAAGCCCACGGUCCAUCCAUUACCCCAGAGGUCGCCUCUCCUUCCAGCCCGCCAUCUUCAAGGCCAUUUUCUCCUGCUCUUCCAGAGCCUGCACCAGUUGAGGACGAGCAAAAGGUCGUGGCUGACCUCUUCGCGACAAGGGAAUCAAAUGACACGUCAUGGAUAUCUUCGUUGCCUCGUGCUGCGCCUCCAACAGUUUCAAGCAUACCAUCCAAUCUCAUUUCCUCACCACCACUGAAGCCUAGUAGUCAUUCACAUGCUGCGACAAUCUCGAACGUAGAUGGCGGUGUUCUCAAGGCGCGCACAGAUGCACUUGAAUUGGAAAAUACUUCAUUAAGUAAUAGGAUACAAGAACUGCAGGUGUCCCAGGAUAGACUUCGGGAAACUGAGGUGUUAUUGGGUGAAGAGCGGAAACGUUCGCAACAGUUGUCCGAAGACUUGCAUCAACUGCAGGCCGAAAGAGAGACACUUUUACGAAAUGAACAACAGACGAUAUCCUUACUGGUCUCCGAGAAGGCUUCUCUGGCUUCGGAGCUGGAACGCUUAGAGGGUCUCGAGUCUGAGGCGCAGUCAACGAAAAGUCAGCUUGAGAAAGAACGAAAUCAAUCCUCCAUCCUCCGAAGUCGUCUUGAGAGACUUGAAUCGGAUCUCCAUGAAUCCUCUCAUCAAAACGAGCAGUUACGGGUCAAGGACAAGGAACUGACUGAGAAAAAUCGGGAACAGGAACGGGAGCUGCAACUAUGCAAUGCUGCUUCUAGUAAUCUCCAAAAGGAAGUUGACGAGUACAAGCGCCGAUUGCGUGAACUGGAAGAACAGAUACAAAGCGAUGAUCGCGUCGAAAAGUUGGAGAUCACCCUGAAGAAUACUCAAGAUCGCAAUGAUGAACUUGAAUUCCAGCUUUCAAAGCUCAAACAGGCACACGCCACGCUAAAGGACGAUCGCGACCGGACUGAUGCCGAAUUGAAACAGCAUCGUGAUAGCGCAGAGGCGUGGAAGUCAAAGCACUCCACAUUGGAAGCCGAACACGAAACUAUUCAAAACCUCCUGGCGUCUAACGAAUCGGAAAAAACAGCCCUGAACGACCAGAAUAUCAUGCUACGCUCUGAAAUAGACUCUACCCAAAAGGACAUUACCCUUCUACAGGAGAAACUGACUCAGGCGGCCGUGGAGCUCGCAUCUAGCAACCGUCAAUUACAGGCCGCCCAGAUUGAGCUGAAAAAUGCCAAACGUCGUGCAGAGGAGGCCGAACGAAUACAGAUCGACCUUCAGUCGGAAGGCACGAACCUUAUGCAGUCGCUCGCUGAAAUGCGGCCCAAGGUAGUCGAGCUUACAGGGGCGAAGCUGGAGUUGAGUGAUAAAGUGGAUAGUCUGGAGGGAGCUUUGCGAAGUCGUAAUGCUACUAUCGCACAACUCGAGGCCACUCUUGAUGACCAUCGGGACCAUAGAGAGCAGGCCGAGCUGAAGUGGAGCGAAAUUUUGGCUCGUCAUGAAAAAGAUCGCCUAUUAGAGCAGGACGCGUCUACCAAGAUACAAAAAGCCUUCACAGAGAUGCAGGAUGAGCUGGAGAGCUCGUUGGCCAGUAUACGGGCCCUUGAAGCGGACCGUACCAGCUAUCACCACGAUACCGCGCGCCAGCUGCAGGAGAUCGAACGUUUGAAUCAAUCGACUGUCGCGCAAGCGCAAGAACUCGUCGCUUUACGGCAAGAGAUUGCGGAGGGUAACAAUAUCCGGGAAGACGAAGAAGAGUUCAUAUCACAGGCCCAGAGUGAAAUCGAGGGCCUUCGACAGGCAAUCGAGACUAAAGACAAGGAGAUUGAGAGUCUCCUCGCGGCCGCAAAUCCCUCGUCAGGUUCCGAGGGCCCGCACUCGCUUGACGACGAGAUAUUGGGUGCAAUUAAGCAGCAGCAUUCCCUAGAACUCUCUGCUUCGCAAUCGAAGAUCCGGUCACUGGAGACUGCGCUUUUCGAAGCAGAUGCUCGUUCUCACGCAAUGCAGAAGCAGAUUAGUGCUUUGGAAGAUCAGCUGAGCCUUCGUCCGCGAUCUUUCUCUCCGAUUCCUUCGAGGCCGUCGAGUCGCGGGUCGGCUAUCGACUUGCACCGAGCGUCUUUCAACUCGCAUAGAAGUACGCUGCCGCCAUCCCUCUCCCGGGCAGCGGUGAGCCGUACAGCGGUUUUGGACCAGGGCUUAUCCCCCGAGACGAGACAUAAACGCAAAGUCAGUUUGAGCAUGCUCAAAGCACGAAUCGAGAGUGAGAGCGCGGUCGGGCUCUUUCACCCCGCUUCUCGUAAUCUGUCACCAGUCCCAUCGGAAUCCAGCCAUGGACCAGACUCUCAACCCUCAUCACCCCCACUCAAUCAUCCACAUCAUCAUCCCACACCCAGACCUCAGUUCCUUGAUGAUUCGCAUGUUUUCUGGUGUCACUCGUGCCACGGGGAUUUGGUUAUACUCUGAGUCUCGAUUACGCAGGAAGCCACUUGUACGAAUACGGAGUGAUUUAGCGAGAGAUACUACAGCCCUGGGCUCUAUAAUACAAUUGAGAGAGAUGACAGAGAUGAAAGAUAAAAUGGAAUGUCAUGAGACACCGUCCGUAUGGAGGAUGCAUAAGAUCAUAAGUAGUGUCAAAAGAUACCAUCACGUUUCGUCUUGAUUUCCC